AUUAGAAAUUUUCAAAUGUGAUAAAAUUUAUGUGAAAAAACUCAUAAAAAACUUUAUAAAAAAAAUCACUGAAAAGUCUUCCAAAAAGAAAAUUUCUUCGACAAUAAACGUCUUCCAUAGUUAAUAAGUCAAAUUAUAUCGUUAAAGAAAAAUCAAUUAAUCAUGUCAUUUUUAAGCAACUUAAAAGGCGCCCCAAUGCCACCAAUUAAAAAUGUCUUAAAGGAUGCAUGGCAGCAAGCAAAGCAAUCCAUUCCAGACAGACAAAAGCAGCAGCAGUAUGAAGAUCCAACAGCACCAACAUCUGAAUAUGGUGGGUCGUCUCAAAUUUCAUCGCAAUCAUCUCAUCAUCGUCAACCUCAUAAUGUUCAUUUUGCUGACGGAAUUGGAGAUGAAUCGGGACAGAAACCAACGGAAUUGAAUCCAUUGAAUCCAUUUAGAAAUCCUAAUGGAUAUGGCGAGGAAAAUGCACAACAGAGUAGUUAUCAGUUUGAGGAAACUGGUUUUAAUCAAGGAGAUUAUAAUUAUCAGCAAGGUGGAUUUCCGGCUAGACAAGCCAGCACACAAUCAUUCGGAAGUGACAGCACAUUUGCUGGUGGUGAAGGAGAAGGUGGACCGCCCGGCGUUAAAAUUACUGAGAUUCAAGCAGCAUGGAAUGUCACAAAUGCUAUUCAGGGAAUGUUUAUUGUCUCAUUGCCUUUCGCUGUAUUGCGUGGAGGUUACUGGGCGAUUAUUGCGAUGGUCGGUGUUGCACAUAUCUGUUGUUACACUGGAAAGAUUCUCGUUCAAUGUCUAUAUGAGCCAGAUCCAGCAACAGGAGAGCCAUUACGUGUUCGUGACAGUUAUGUAGCAAUUGCAAAAGUAUGUUUCGGUAAGAAAAUUGGAGCACGAGUUGUCAGCGUUGCACAAAUUAUUGAAUUGCUAAUGACAUGCAUCUUGUAUAUCGUUGUCUGCGGUGAUUUAAUGGCUGGUACUUUUCCCGACGGUCCAUUGGAUUCAAGAUCCUGGAUGAUGUUCUGUGCCAUCUUUUUACUGCCAUUAGCAUUCCUGAAAUCAAUUCACGCUGUAUCAGUUCUAUCAUUUUGGUGUACAAUGUCACAUCUUGUCAUAAAUGUUAUCAUAUUGGGCUAUUGUUUAUUGGAAAUAGGCGACUGGGGAUGGUCGAAGGUUCGAUGGUCAAUGGAUUUAGAGAACUUUCCCAUUUGCCUAGGCGUCAUUGUCUUCUCAUAUACGUCACAAAUAUUUUUACCGACUUUAGAGGGUAAUAUGCAGGAUCCAUCUAAAUUUAAUUGGAUGCUUGAUUGGUCACAUAUUGCGGCGGCUGCUUUUAAAGCUGUUUUCGGUUACGUUUGCUUCCUCACAUUCCAAAUGGAUACGCAACAAGUUAUCACAAACAAUUUACAUUCAGCGGGAUUUAAAGGAUUUGUAAACUUCUGUCUUGUCGUUAAGGCUGUGCUCAGCUUUCCAUUGCCAUAUUUUGCAGCUUGCGAACUUCUUGAACGUGCAUUUUUCCGUGGCAAGCCAAAAACAAUUUUCCCAAAAAUUUGGGAACUUGACGGUGAACUUAAAGUGUGGGGAUUAUUAUGGCGCGUUGGCGUUAUCUUAUUUUCAGUCUUAAUGGCUUGCUUCAUUCCACACUUUUCAAUUUUGAUGGGCUUCAUCGGAAGCUUCACCGGAACAAUGUUAAGUUUCAUUUGGCCAUGCUACUUCCACCUUAAACUUAAAGGACAUUUACUUGAACAGAAAGAUGUAGCAUAUGACUACUUUAUUAUUGGUCUCGGAUUCCUUUUUUGCUUUGUCGGUAUAUACGAUUCAGGAAAUGCACUUGUUAAGGCCUUCGAAAUUGGCUUACCUUUCUAAAUUCAUGCACAGCAACUUGUUGCCGUUAAAAGAACAAACACAAAUUUUUUCAACUCUUAACUUUUAUUUCUCGUACUUUUUUUGUUGUCUUCGCCUUAUAAUUAAUUAACGAGAUCAACGAUGAACUAACGGUAUUUCACAUUUAAAUAAAGCAGCAUAAAGGACUGAAACACGAGACGCAGGGGCAAAUCAAAAGGGAAAAGAGGUUUGCCGAAAAUUUUUUAAUCGGAACAUAAAAAACAACAUAAAGAAAAAAAAGCCAAAACAUGAGAAUCUGUCGUCUUUUUAUGCUUGUUCUUUCCUCUUUAUUGCUUGCUCGACUUCGGACCGGUGGGACCUUUAUAGAGAUACAAAUUAACAAAAAACCAAAUUAACAAAACAAUAAUUUACAAACCAAAUUAGAUGGGAACUGCACGGAUAAAAAAAAUACAUUUUUUUGCUGGUUUGCAAAUUCUCUCAUUUCGAUAAAAAUGUUUGAAGCACACAAGAAAAAGAUACGAAUGAGUAAGAAAUUAAAUUAAUACAAAAUUAACUAUUGACAGAGUUUAAGGCGCAUUUUUGAGAAGAGUGAUUGUGAUGAUUUGGGUUUGAAGAUGUCGAAUUGGCAAAAUUAAUAAGUUUGUCAAACUUUAAAAUUUUACAAAAUAAUUUAAAACAUUUCGUCUCCUAAGCAUCAAUACUAAGACUCAUAUGGAACCAGGGGUGCUGCAAAAAAAAUUGAAAUUAAAUUUGAUGAUUGGAGCAGUUGAGAUUUUAUUCUUAAAAACCUAAAUGAGGGUUGUUGACUAUAAAACCCCUCUACUAGCUUCACCCCUGACUAGAACCCACCUAGUUUAAAACAUCCAACAUGACCUCGUAUCCAAAAACCAAAAUCAUCAACAACACCACUCAAUUCUCCAUCAAAAAUGCGCUAAAACCAAAAGAUUAAAAGGAAUGCUUAAGAAGGUAGAACGAGCAAGCCAGAAAGACACAGUCACACAGGGGAGAAAGAAGAGAGGUAAGCCAAACGGAUUGCGGAGAUGAAAUUUUGUGAUGAGACCGAGACACGGAAGAAUUUUGAAGAUCUAAACACGAAAAAAUACCGCAAAUGGUCAAAAAACAUAAAUCUUUAUGUUCACAGAAAAGUGUUGGAAAUGCCAAAGAAAUGGGAAAAGAACUUUAUUGACUCGUAUGAAUAUUUAAUUAUCUUUUAAAAAAUGAGAGCUGCAGAAAAACGUGAGUGCUUUAUAAAGAUUUUUUUAAAAGUAAAAUUUUAUGUUUUUAUUUUCAAUAUUUUGAGAAAAGAAAGCAAAAAUAUGUGUAGCAGUU